AUGGACUUGGAUGACAUGAUUGACAACUUCCUGGCUGCCAGCCCCCGUUUCAUCCUCAGUGGCCAGCACCAUACCCGUCCUGAGAAAAUCUACUAUAAGAAAAGAUCUCUGUGCAAGACAACGAAUCUGCUCACUCACGACUAUUUUGCACUCACCGUGGCCACCUUUGUGGAGCUCAGUACUAAGGCCAACUUGGGCCUGGGCACCUGGAAGUCUACCCCAGGCAAAGUCAGAGAGGCUGUGAAAGUGGCCACUGACAUAGGAUGUCGCCACUUGGACUGUGCUUAUGCCUACGAGAAUGAGCAUGAGGUGGGGGAAGCCAUCCAAGAGAAGAUCUGAGAGAAGGUUGUGAAGCAGGAGGUGGGAGGACUGCACUUCAAGGCAGGCAGAGUAUUGGAUUUGGUCAGCACCCGGAACUCUGCCAGCCUUUGCUCUAAGUACUCUGGUCAUUUCCCCCGCUGCCUUUAUAACAUCCCUGGAUACAAACAUCCACACUCUAGCUCAGUAUUGGUGUGCAGAGACGCUCCUCCUACCUUACCCAUCUCGACUGGGUUUUCCCUUUGUGGGGAUGGCUCCAUUGAGCCAUGGCAGUGCCCUUACCAGCAGGCCAUGGAGGAACUGGUGGACAAGGGGCUGGUGAAAAACAUUGGGAUCUCCAACUUCAACCACUUCCAGAUCGAAAGGCUCUUGAACAAACCCAGACUGAAAUACAAACCAGUGCUUACCAGUGAUGAGGAUUGUUCCCCUUUACAGAUUGAGUGUCACCUAUACCUCAGGCAGGAGAAACUGAUCCAGUACUGCCAGUCUAAGGGCAUCACUGUCAUGGCUUACAGCCCUCUGGGCUCUCCAGAUAGACCUGGGCGAGGCGACUCGUCCCUACUGGAGGAUCCCAAGAUUAAGGAGAUUGCUGCAAAGCACAAAAAAUCCACAGCCCAGGUUCUGGUCCAGUUCCAUAUCCGGAGGAACGUGGUCGUAAUUCCCAAGUCUGUGAUGCCAGCACGCAUCGCUGAGAACUUUCAGGUAAGGUUCCAGCUGGUUGGCCCUGGUUUUCUCAGUGGAGGAGGCGACGGGAGAGAUUCCCUCACCAGGCCUCUCAUGCUGUCCCUGAGUUUUCUGUGGGCUUUUCCCCCUUCCCAGCACCUUGCAAUCUCUCAGGCCAGGGAGCUGACCUCAGAGCUGAGAUGAAUGACUAAGGAUGGGCUGGGGGAGCAGCCGGUGAGGUCCUGUCAGGUCUGAGCACAGCUGUACCUCUGAUCUGAUCACGGGGACUCUGCUAUCUUGAGGAUAUGAAGAUUUAAAAGGACAAAGAAUAAUAAUAACCAACAUGCAUGGAGAAUUUACCCCGUGCCAGCACUAUUCGGAAUGCUUUUUGUAUGUGUUACUCACUGAAUCCUGCAAGCACCCCUUGGAGGUAGAUACUCUUACUCACAUUUUACGGAAGAUGAAAUGCAGGAAUGGGGAGGCCAAGGAACUUGCUCAAGGCCACCCAGGUUGUAAGUGGCUGAACCAAGUUUCAAAGGCUCUUGGGAGAUCUUUGGUUUCUCUGGCAAUCAAAACGUCAUCUACAUACUGAAGUAAGGUUCCUUCGUAUAACUGUAGGUCCAUUAGCUCUUUGGCUAGGGCUUUCCUGAAAGUGGUGGGGGCGUUCUUGAAUCCCGGGGGGAAGCAUGAUCCAGCAAAACUGCUGUUUCAAUUUGGUCUCUGGGUCAUCCCAUUCAAAAGCAAAAAAUCCUGAGAUUUGGGACUUAAGGGUGUGCAAUAAAAGGUGCCUUGUAGGUCCGAAACCAUAGGGCCAGCAGAAAUCCCAGGAUAAAGUUGUAAGGUAUAGGGGUUGGCUACCACCAGAUGAAUGUCCUCAGCUAUCUGAUUUAUUGCUCUCAGGUCCUGUACAAAGUGGUAUUCGUGGGUCCCCGGCUUCUGGACUGGUAGGAUGGGAGUGUUGUAUGGUGACUGGCAGAGGCAGAUGAGGUUAUGUUCAAGGAAGGCAGAUAUCACUGGCUGGAUUCCCUUUCUGGCAUGUUCCCUUGAGGGCUAUUGUUUUAAGUUCGGGAUCUUAGACCCUGGAUGGAGUUUCACCUGUACGGGUGUUACCAUCUUUGCUCUUCUUGGCCUCCUAUCUGCCCAAACAUCCUAUCUUACCUUCUGCAGGAUCUCUUCAGGAAAUUCCAGGCACUCAGUCUUUCCUAGCUAUAGUAAUGUUGCUUGAAGCGAGCAAGUUUGUUCUGGUGGCACCUUAAUGUCCAUCCUUUCUUAGGAGAAAGCGACUCUUGCAUUUAGUCUACUCAAGAGGUCUUGUCCCAGCACAGGCAUUGGACACUCAGGCAUGUACAGGGAAACUGCUUCAAAUAAGUCUCUCCUAUCUGACGCUCCAGUGGCUUCCAAAAGGGCUUUUGGAGAGGUUUUGGAGACAGUCACUAUCUCUGAGGAGGCUUUGGCCAGUUUAGAGUUUAGCACAGAGAAAGUAGGUCCGGUAUCAAUCAAAAAAUCAACAAGCUUAUUUCCCACAGUCAUUUUUACCCAGGGCUCCUUGUGGGAAAUAUCAGUGGAGCCAGUAGUUCCUAGGAGAGACCCUGGGCCCUGUCAUUCUUGGUCACUAUCAAUCAUCUGGGGCAUCAGCAGAAGGGGCUGUGAGCAAAUUAUUUCCAUAUCUGCGGUUUCCCUGGCACUCUGAAAGGCAAGCUUGGGGGUCUCAGUUCAUCAUUUUGUUUCUACCUCAUGGGCCUUGUAAAUGACAGAGUAUGGUGUCACACUUCCCAUCCACAUUUUUAUAUUUUUGCUAUUUAUUUAUAUACCCAUAAAUAAUCUAUGAGAUUGUUUUGGGUGUUUUUUAAAAUUAAAGAAAAAUUUUCCUUCAUGUGAUUAUGAUUAUGAUUUCCUUAAUUAAAAAGCUUAGGUAUAGGAUAAAAAGAUUAGGUUCCUAUUAAUAAGUUAUAUGACGUUUUUUGUUUCACUUGAAUUUAACCAAACAGAGGUGAAUUAAAAUGCUGAUACAGAGAAAUAUUUUAAAAAACAACUUCCUAGUUUUUCCUGACUUCACUUUUCACGUUUACAUCUCGAGUAAUGAGAACUUUGCAGGCCUCAGACCCUUCAAUCUCACAAUUCUAACCAAGAUAAUGAAUCCAUCCUAAAAUUUGUUCACUGAUUUUGGAUUGCUGGGAAUAAAGCCACACUAGUCAUCAGCUAAACCUGAAUCCAGUCUAAGGUAUACACUACAGGUGUGUGUUAAAUUAACUCUUUCUAUUCUAUGAUUACGUGAUUAUGUAGUGAACUUGCCUUUUCUUACGGGGAGAGAGGUUGGGGAGUGAUGGGGAGGGGAGGAUGGUGAGGCGGGGUGUGGAAAAGGAAGGCAGCUUGUCAUGGGAAGUAGGGGACCAGGGAGUGGGUCCUCAUGUGUUCCAGGUAUGUCUCUCCCCCGGUAUUUUUGGAUUGAGCUGGAAAGAUGGGUACCAGCUAACUGGAAAUCUGAGAAUCACUGCUGCUGUCCUACAAGUCCCAGGGAGUCUCAGGACUAGACUGGACCCAUUAGUAUUUAAGUCAGAUCUGGUAAAUGCCAGCCAGAUGGUACCAAACUCCAACUGGGACCUGGAGGGAUUUGACUUUCUCAAUAAGACCCCAUAAUGCCCAACCUCUCAGGCCUGCUUUAGUCAUUCAUUAACUUGCAAUAAUUGCAUUUUACAUGACUAGAAUUUUGUACCCUACUUAUUGCAUUAUCAUGAGAUUUUGCUAUACGUUAUAGAGUUAAAAGGGGUACAGAUUAGAGAGAGGCUCCUGUAGAAAAUAAUUUCCAGUAAAAUUUGAAAGGACCCUCAUCAGUGAACAUUGUUGGAAAUAAGCAUUUUUUUUGCUUUAAUAUUGAGUACACAUGAGUAUAAGAGUGAAACAUAAAACUGAACGUAAAAACCAUGCAAAAAUAAUAGGCUGUAAAGAAUCUUGGAAAAAACCAUUUGCCAUGAAUGUGACAGAAAAUAGAUGAGUAAUUUUCUUACAAUCAAACAAGCUUAUUCAAAUCAGUAAGAAAAAUCUAAGAUGUCAAAAGAAAAGUUGGUGAAUGAAAAUUGGCCAAUAAACAACAUGAAAAGUUAUUCAUACUAGUAACCAAAAAUGCAAAUUAUAACAAGCUAUCUACAUUAUCAAAUCAAUAAAGCCUAAAAUAAAAGAAAAAUCUAUCUAGCAAAAUAAACAUGUAAGCAGGUUUUUUUUUCUAUGUGGUAACCAGUGAAUUUCAUGUUUGUUAUUCUCUUACAUAAUUUUCGUAUUUUCUAAAAUAGGAAAUUCAUGUUUACAGUCAGAGAUGUAAACAUUAAACAUUUUUUAAGCAUUAAAAAAAAAUAACAAGGAUCCAACUCAAUCAGUUAUUUCACACACCUAUGGGGAAAGUCAAAUUAAAGAAACAUUUUUACUUGAAGUCAUUUUCAUUCAGUUGGUCUUUCAACUUUAGAAAACAAACACCCUGAGUGUACUACAGGGUAGAAUGUGAUUACAUUGUAUUUAAAAUUCUAUCCAGUUUGUUUUUUUCUCAUUUGUUGUCAGUAGGGUAAAUGUUUUCCCAGCAACUCCAGGGAAGUGCUGCCUUUCAGCACUUUUGUUGGUUCAAAAUGGUCAGGCCCCACGUCAGUUAGGGAGAGAUGGAAAGACCAAGGAGAAGACUAUGACCAUUGUUUAAAAGUUAUGCACUGAUAGGUGGUUGGAGGUUACCACUGUGUUUGUGGCCUAGGGCCUUUGCCCGGGUUAUUCUCAAUGCUUGGGAUGCUUUAUCUACCCUCAGAUAGUGUGAGUGAUUCUCUGCCUCAUAGUCUUCAGGUCUUUGCUCAUUUAUCAUCUUCUCAGGAAGCCCUUCU